GGUUUCACACUUGGCAGGCCACUUAUGGCUGUGAGUUCACAGGAAACGGGAGCAAACAUGGUUAUUCACAAUACGGCUACGACGGGAGGACAUUCCUCACCUUUGAUAAAGAGACACUGAGCUGGGUGGCUCCUGAGCCCCAGGCCCAGAUCACCAAGAGGAAUUGGGAUGUUAAUGUGCAGUGGUCCCGGAGAAAUAAAGUCUACCUGGAGAAGGAAUGCAUUGAAUGGCUGGAGAAGUACCUGUCAUAUAGGAGGAAGGAGAUGCUGCUGAGGGCAGAGCCCCCGGUGGUGACGAUGAGCAGCAAGAUGGAGGCUGAUGAUAGGAUGGAGACGCACGUCUGCCGAAUCCACGGCUUCUACCCAAGGGAGAUCGAUGCCUCCUGGACGAGGGAUGGGGAGGUCUGGCUCGAAGACACCUUCCAUGGGUCCAUAGCCCCCAAUGCAGAUGGGACCUACCACUAUUGGCUCGGCAUCCGGAUCGAUCCCAAAGAGAGGGGCCGCUAUCGGUGCCACGUGGAGCAUGAUGGACUGCAGGAGCCUCUGGAAAUUACCCUGAAGGAGAAUUCCAAAAGUACAAAAAUCAAGAGGGGUGCGGUUUUGCCAAAUGCCAGUGUCGUGGGGGAGAGCAGUGCUGACCACGCGAUCUCGCCAGUCAGCACAACCAGCUGA